AUGCAAUGCCUUGAAACCGGAAGUCGGCCAUUGCUGGUGGACCAUAAACAAAGCGCCGUCAAAGGGGAGAUAAAAAUUCGCAAGUUGUGCGAAGAUCGCAGACGAAAGUGGUUAGCAAAUAUUGCCAGAAAAGACUUAGACGAUAAAAAGGCUGAAAAUACCAGAGUUUGCAGCAACCAUUUUAUUAGUGGUAAACCUGCUGAUAUUAUGGACACAACAAAUCCCGAUUGGGCUCCAACGGUUAAUUUAGGACACAGCAACGUUGGUGAUGUUUCCAUGGCGGUCAACAGAAAUGCACGCGCGAAAUCAAGGCAAAAAAAGCGCGAAGAAAUCAUAGAGCAAGGAAGAGUUGAUAUGGCCAAUACUUCUCAAGAGAUUGAAAUAACAUCCCAUGACUUUGAAGAUCCGACAAGUAGCAUAAAAAGUACUCCAGAAGAGUUUGAAUUAAAUAAAUCAGCUCAAACUGAACAUACCCCAACAAGAGAUCAGGCAUGUCAAACAGACAUUGGCAUGAGUCAAUUGGAGGAAGAAAAAAAUUUACCUUCAAAGUGUCCUUGAGGAAUUAAGUAAUUUAAGGAAACAUUUGGUGUCUGUCAAACUAACUGAAGAGACAUUCAAAGAAAACUCAGAGAAAACAAAGUUUUACACUGGAUUGCCAAAUUACAACACCUUGAACUGUGUUUAUAAACUUAUCCAUCCUCACAUCAAAAGAAACAGUCAGAAUGCACUUGAUGCAUUUAGUGA